GUCAACUAACUGUAUGUUUUAUUCUAAUAUAUGAGCUAUAUUGUUACGAACAUUACAAAUACAAAUAUUAUUGUCCUACCAUAUUAGCUAAAAGUUUAUGGUUUCUCCUAAUACAAUGAAGAACUUUAUUGAUUGCUCCAAAUUUGGAAAUGGAUCUUGUCCUGAAAUGUCCAGAUCAUCAGGCGUUCGAGGUGCAAUGUAUUUGUUCAUGACUGGAGCCAUCUUCAUCACCAUCUUUGGAAAUCCUGCCAUAAUCAUUUCAAUCUCCUAUUUCAAACAGCUUCACUCUCCAACCAACUUCUUGAUUCUGUCCAUGGCUAUUACAGACUUUCUUUUGGGAUUCACCAUUAUGCCCUAUAGCAUGAUCAUGUCUGUGGAGAACUGCUGGUAUUGUGAGAUCACCUUCUGCAAAGUCCACUAUAGUUUUAAUCUGAUGCUCUGUUUAGUUUCCAUCUUCCAUCUUUGUUCCAUUGCUGUUGAUCGCUUUUAUGCUAUCUGUUAUCCACUUCAUUAUUCUAGCAAAAUAAGUUUUCCUGUGAUAAGGCAAUUGCUAGCAGUUUGUUGGACAGUGCCAGUUGCUUUGCUUUUGGGAUUGUUUUUUUCAGAAGCAUAUGCUUCUGGAAUAGAAGGCUAUAAGAUUUUAGUAGCAUGCUCCAGUUUGUGUCCCAUUGUGUUCAACAAAUCAUGGGGAACAAUUUUGUUCACAGUAGGUUUGUUUGCUCCUGGCUGUUUCAUAAUAGGGACAUAUGGAAAAAAAACUGUAAUAUCCAAAAAGCAUGCGCGUGUUGUGAACAACAUACCUGAUGAUGCAAACAAUGACAUUAUAAAUCAGCUUUCCAAGAAAAAGGCCAGAAAGGCUGCUAAGACUUCGAGUAUCGUUAUGGGGGUGUUCCUAAUAUGCUGGUUUCCAUGUUUCUUUACAAUCUUAAUUGACCUAUUUUUAAAUUUCACUACCAUGUUAGCUUUGUUUGAUGCUUUAAACUGGUUUGGUUACUUCAACUCUACCUGCAAUCCAUUAAUAUAUGGCUUUUUUUAUCCAUGGUUUCAGAAAGCAUUGAAAUACAUCUUAGGAGGUAAAAUAUUCAACCCACACUCUCGUACAACUAAUCUUUUGCUAAAAAUCAACCACAAUAGAAUAUCUGAAAUGGAAAACAAAAGCCAAUAGCAAAAAACAAACAAA